AUGCCUCUGGUUGUUAUGUGCGGAUUUCCUGCCAGUGGAAAGUCAACUCGCAGUCAACAGCUGUAUGAAUACCUAACACUGAACUAUCCUUCAAAGAAAGUUCACCUAAUUUCUGACCAUCCUGAGAACACAAACAGGAAUGAAAUCUACUCUGACUCUCAUAAAGAGCGUGAAACUCGUGGAAAUCUGAAAUCCAUGGCUCAGAGACUUCUAGGCAAAGAGGAUGUUGUAAUACUUGACUCAAUGAACUACAUCAAAGGGUUUCGAUAUGAGCUGUACUGUGUAACAAAGUCUUGCAGGACACCACACUGUGUCAUUUAUUGUGUCACAGAUGCUGACACAACCAGGCGAUGGAACUUAUCAAGAAGUGAGAAUGAGAGAUAUGAUGAUAAGCUGAUUGAUGAACUCAUCAUGCGGUUUGAAUGUCCUUCUCCAAAUAACAGAUGGGAUAAGCCGUUAUUUUCUGUGCUUCCAGAUAACUCUUUAGAUAUGUCAGAAAUAGCGAAUGCUUUAUUUGAGCUGAAAGCGCCACCACCGAAUCAGUCAACACAGUCACAGCCUUUAUCCUCAACAAAUUUUCUCUAUGAACUUGAUAAAACAACCCAAGAUGUUAUCACUUCUCUCAUACAAUCCCAGAAGACUGCAGUUCCCGGUGACAGAAUUAGAAUUCCUCACACAAAAGAAGACGUAAUGUUCAGUAGAUUAGUCAGUGUGGCUGAACUUCAGCGCCAUAGACGUCAGUUUAUCACAUACACAAAGAUGCAUCCUGUUGAUGAUAACAGUAAGCUCACAAACAUGUUUGUGCAGUAUCUAAAUAAAACUAUGAGUAAUUAA